AUGAGAGUGGAGCUUACCAAAAUGCUUGAGCAUUUGUGGUUAAAACAUGAUCGGGAAACAUCCAUGUUCCCUUGCCCGAUUGAGGGUUGUGUGGUAUUGUCGAGAACGCGAUAUCAGCUCAAAACUCACUUAGAAAACCUCGGUUCUCCCCACUGGAUAACAUCUCAGGAGAUCCAAAAUAUGUCAUUUGAAAACGUUAAAGCCGAUCAGUGGCAAUCCUGGCUUCAAAAUAAGCAGGGUAUUAAGUUGGCGCCUACUUCCCAUGAGCGGAUAAUCGCAUGUGCGUUAUCCAGGGAAAGUAAGGUGGCCGAGCCUAAAACCAGCAAUCAAACUGAUCAAACGCCGGUCCGAACAUACAGUCGGACAGCUGUGAAGGCUCCGAAAAGAACUUCUUCUGAAAGCCUUCCUUCCCCUCAAGGGAAAUCAGCAAAACAGCAACGGUUGGAAAAAAGUGACAGCUCCUCCGAAUCGGGAAGUGAUUCCGACGAAGAGGGGGCUUUGACAAUUAACGAUGGUAGGGAAAAGUCAAUGUCGAAAGACAUUGCCUCUUUCCUAGACAAAUCAAGUUGCCAUGACACUGCGGCUAACGAUCAAGAGCCGUCCAAAGAGGAAACUUCCUCGGAACAGCUACAUCAAGUCAUUAAAGAAAUGACCAGUUGCCCUGCUCCGGUGCCACCACUAGAGCCAGAACCGGGGUUGACUAAAGUAAAGUUAACACCAAGUACGGCAACUACAAUUAGUGAACACAGUUGGCACAGAUAUGAGUUCCAUCAUGUGAACGACUAUAUAAGUUUCCAUCCCGUUGACAUAGCUUCAGUUAUGAACUAUGACAGAUGGUUUGCCUCUGGAACUGAAUGGCCAACCAUGGAGCCAUUAGAUCCCAGAUGGGAGUACCUCUGGACUGCAAGGCAUUACCAUUAUGGUUUCUAUGACCUCAUGGACAUCACAAAAGCACAUGAGUGUGACGCUGGGUGUACCGUAGAGCAGAAAGAAGCAGGCUGCAAGAAUGGAGGAUAUCUUGGCUGGGUGAAUGACCAGUGUUCAUGUAUUUGUUUACCUGGUCUCACUGGGGAAAGAUGUGAGGAAUUUGAUGACCCUUCUCUAACUGCUCCUACCAAAUGGCCCUCUGGUACAUAUGGUCUUCCAUUGCCUAAUACUGGAUGUCCUGAGGGGGAUUUCAGCACAGGGUACAGAUUACACUAUGGGGAGGGAAACAAUGUCCUCACUGGAAACUACAAGAAACAUAUACAUGCUGAUUCCUAUGAUGAAACAAGAGAUUGGUCAAAGGAUCAGUUCUGUAUUGACACAAGAGAUGAUGGCACAUAUGAUUGGCCCGAAGGAAGAUAUUGUAUUUACAAGCAUGGUGAUUGUCCAAAAGGUUUCAAAAUGGGUUCUGUGCGAAUUGAUGAUAAUGAUUCUAAGCAAGGAAACCAUAGUGGAGCAGUACCAGAUGGAGUCCUGGAAGAUGAUACGGAAUACGAGUUCUGCUGCAGGAAUGACCCGUUUGAUAGCGAUAUGUUCUGGCCGAUUCAGCUUCCAAAUUCCAAGCCCUUCUACUUGUUUAGACAUGAAGGUGCAUCUUGUCAGGCUGUUGCAGGCAUGGCUGUUACUACUGAGUACAUCCAAUUUGAUGAAAAAGAUGAUCCUAAUCACAAACGAACUGGUGCAUUCCCAUAUGAUCCUGUCUGGCACAAUAAGUACUCAUUUCUACUUUGCUACUAUUACCCUCUCAAAUAUGGCUGCAAUUAUGAGAUUACACUAGAUGAAAACAAUCCCUCUGCAACUAUCCAGACACCUAAUUAUCCCAACAAUUACAAUCCAGAGCAAAUAUGUAAUUGGUUUAUAAAAGCUCCAAAAGAGGCACGAGUGAAUGUCUACUUUGAGACAUUUGAUGUUCAUGGUGGUUUAGAUGGUGUAUCAAAUCUAAAAACUGACUGCAAUGAUUUUGUUGAAAUCAGACAAAGCUUACCAGGACAGAAAGGGAUUAAGGUUUGUGGUGGAAACAUAUCAAGAUCAUGGACUGCAGAAACAAACCUGAUGUGGCUUACUCUAAGUACUGACAAGACUUUAGAAGCAAGUGGAUUCAAGGCCAUCGUCAGAUAUAAUACAAAUGCAGAUAUUGAUGUUUAUUACAACCAUGAACUAAAGGGUGACACAUAUCGCGGCACUGUAUCAUACACACAAGCAAACCGCAGAUGUAUGAAUUGGAUGGAUGUGCGCCACUGUGCUGUUAACCCAUUUAUACCUGAGUACUAUGAAAAAGGUCUGGGAUCACACAACUACUGUAGAAACCCAAAUGAAUUAUACAGGCCAUGGUGUUAUACAGAUCACUUCUGCACUCAAGACUUUUGCGACGUCGCUAAUCUUGGGACUUGUCAUGAUAUAUAUAACAAUUGUGCUGAUUUGUUGACUGAAGAAUACUGUGAAUCUGAUGAGGGUUUAUAUGGCUGCAAGAAAUCAUGUUCUCUGUGUACAUUGGGAGUGACAGAAAGAGCUUUUAUCAAUCCAAGUAUUUAUGUAGAAGAUCCCAAUGCUUAUACACUCGACCCAAUCCCAGCUAGUGGAACCUAUAAAGAUGGAGACAAAGUCAGAUUUGUCUGUAGUGAGACCAAUGGGGAAGAAAUCACCAACCUACAAGCAUUUGGGUUUGACGAACGUGAAGCUUUAACAGACGGUACAUGGAGUGGAAGGAAAGUGAUAUGUGGAGUUUGUCCAGUUGGAUGGUAUGAAUUCAAUGGAAAUUGUUAUGCAGUUUUCACUGAGUCACUCAAUUUCUUGGAUGCAGCAGCUAAAUGUAAUGAUGUUAAUGCUGAUUUAGUUAGUCUUCUAAGCCGGGAAGAACAUGUCUAUGUGUAUGAAUUAGCAGAAAGCCAUGGAGUAUAUGAUCUUUGGGUAGGUCUAACAGAGGAUGUUGGCGAGUACAACACAUAUCCAAGAUUCAAGUGGUUGGAUGGGAAUCCAUCUGCAUAUCUUAGGUGGUGGUAUCGUUACAAGCCAGAUAAUGGAUGGGGUAAUGGUGAAGAAGAUUGCACAGCUGUCUUUCCAAAUGAUGGGAGAUAUUGGGAGGAUAUGAACUGCAAUAAUACUGUAGACUUUAUAUGCAAAAGAAUGGCUGAGGAUGGUUGCGAAUAUGGUUGGAGUUAUUACAAUGAGAACUGCUACAAGGCAUUCCCCAGUGCCCAUACCUGGUAUAUGGCUGAACAGUAUUGUAUUACAGAGGGAGGUCACCUAGCCAGUAUGCAUGAUGAAGCUGAAGAUGACUUCAUACAGAAUGUAGCAUCAAAGGGUGGUGUCACUGGUUCAUACUGGAUAGGAUGGAAUGAUCAAGAAGAGGAAAACCGCUGGGAAUGGUCUGAUGGAUCAUAUGAACCAUAUACAGAUUGGAAUGUGGCUGAACCAUAUGCUGACGCAGGACUGGAUAACUGUACAUACAUCCAUAAAUGGUGGUGGGAAACUGAUCCAUGGCAUUGGGAUGAUACCUCAUGUGCCUAUGAGAAACCAUAUGUGUGUAAAGGUGUCCUACCAGAUGUUGAUGUCGUUUGUAAGGAUGAUGCAGAUAAUUGUCUGCAGCUUUUGGAACACAUGCCAACCUUAUGUUCUGAAGAGAAUGACUUUGCCACACGUUAUUGCAAGAAAACCUGUGGAAUAUGUUCACAGGUUAAAGAACAAGAUCCUUCGAAGAUUUCUUCCAAUGGUCGAUGUGGUGCAAACUUUCACAACACUGAGUGUCCAAUUGCUAGUUCAAUCCCAGGGUGGGAUGGAAUCUACCCCUGUUGCAGCUCUGGAGGCUGGUGUGGCAAGCAAGAGGCACAUUGUACAUGUUCUGAAUGUGUAGACUAUAGGGAGGAAUAUGCCUCUUCCCAAGCAUGUGCACAGCUUGGAAAUGUUGAAAAUGCUAUGGUUGUUUCUGGAGAUGAUUCUUUGAUGAUUGGUGACAGUGUCACAUAUGAAUGUAAUGAUGGUUAUGAAAUUACUAAUGGGUUCCACUCUAUGGCAUGCACUUCCAUAAAUGGUGUUGCUACAGUUGUACCAAGACUUAAAGGAUGUACGGGUCUAUCACUGGAGGGAAUGUUUAUGGGUGCAGGCAGAGGGCAAUGUUAUGGGAACACGUGGAUUGGAUAUGGUAUAAUCAUGGCAAUCAUAAGAGAAUGCAAAGAUAUGGGAGGCAAAUGGAAUAGUAAGGCUGGAGAGCGAAUUGAUGACUGGGUGAAAUGUCACAUAGACUGGUGCAGUGUUGACAACUGGGGACUGAGAAAAGGACUUGUACCAUCUAAACCUGGACAGUGUCCAGAUAACACCAAGAAGGCAUAUGGUGGUAUGCAGAUGCCCUACAGCAGCUGUAAGAUAAUGGAGGGCAAUGUGAAUGGAAAUCAUGAAGAUGAUGACAUUGUAUUGUGCCACAUGGACUGGUGCUACACAGAUCAGACAAAUGGCUUCCAAUAUAUCCCAUCAAAACUGGAUUCUUGUCCUGACAAUGCUAGCUCUAAACCUACUGGGAGCAUUGAGUUGAUAGGGGCCCAGUGUCGUAGCAUGGGUGGGAAAGCUUAUCCAAAUGAGGCCCCUGGGGAUGACGACUGGACACAGUGUAGUUUUGACUUAUGUUCACUACCAAAACAGCAGGAAAUGUCAGUACAACACCCUUCAAUCAUAAGUCAAGAUGGUAGAUGUGGGCCAAUGUUUAACAACCUUGAAUGCCCCAUUGAUUCCCCUAUAUCUGGCUGGGAUGGGAUCUAUCCAUGUUGCAGUAAACAUGGUUGGUGUGGCAAAACAGAGAUCUAUUGCAAAAACAUAGAUUAUAGGGACAAGUAUGAUGUAACAGACUGUUCUACAAACGUCCCUAAGUGUGAAGCAUCAUCAACUGUACCAAUUUACCAAGAAAAUAGAAUGAUGAAUUACGGCACUGUUGAUGGUCCAAACUGGCUGACUGUGAUUGACAUGAACACUCUACGCAUUACAAGAGGAGGGGGAAUCUCCAAAUGGGUUAUUUACUCCGAGAUGUACACAACGGUUCACAUGCAAAUAUGGCGUCGAAAUGAGUUGUCAUUAAAUUUCACUUUAGUGGGAUCAAAUGAAGUGUUAAUACAUCCGAGAAGAAUAAACACAUUUCAUAUAGAAGCUGAAAAGAGAAUUCAGGUUCAACCUAAUGACAAAGUUGGUUUCUUCUACGCUGACAGCACCGCUGGUAUCACAUAUAAGAUGUGCAGAACUGGAACUCCUAGUGUACUAGAUGGCACGGUGUGGCAAACCCAUACUGAACCAGACAACAUUAAAGUUGGUGGCUGGGUUGAACUGAAUGAACAACAAUGUCGGAUUUAUUCAAUUGGGUUUGAAAUUACCCCCUAG